GGGGAAUAGUACCCAACUAACAACCGGACAGUGAAAGGUUGAACGCCUUUCCACCAAGGCACCAAUUUGAGAUGGAUAUUUUUGUAAAGAUCCUGUCCUCAGUGCUGAUUCUCGGCGUUUUAAGUUACCGAGACGUUGAUUCCAUCGAAAGAAAUGGCAAAGUGGUCGUAUGCUAUGUUGGAACCUGGGCGAUUUACCGUCCAGGAAGGGGGAUGUUCUCGGUUGACAGCAUCGAUCCCAGCCUCUGCACCCACCUCGUUUACUCCUUUGCCGGGCUCAACCCUUCAAACUGGACAAUCAUGUCUUUAGACCCUUAUAACGAUCUUGAAGAAAACUUUGGAAAAGGCAAUUAUAAAAAAAUGACUGCUUUGAAAAAAUCCCACCCGCAUUUGAAAGUCACAUUGGCCAUCGGAGGAUGGAACGAAGGGUCGGCCAAUUAUUCAAAGUUGGCUGAGGAUCCUAAUCGCAGAAGAAUAUUCAUUGAAAGUGUUCUUGAGUUUAUGAAACUGUACGACUUCGAUGGAUUAGAUCUAGAUUGGGAGUUUCCCACAAAGCGAGGCGGAAAACCUGAAGACAAAACUAAUUUCGUUUUGUUGAUUAAGGAACUCGGUCAGUCGUUAAGACAACAAGGUUAUAUUUUAACUGCGGCUGUUAGUGCUGCGAUUGACACACUAUCGACAGGAUAUGAUUUACCAGAGGUUCACAAACAUUUGGAUUUGGUCCACCUGAUGUGCUACGAUUAUCAUGGGUCUUGGGAGAAAAAGACGGGGCCGAACGCUCCACUUACUCCUGAUACGGAUUUACUGACAGUCGAGGCGAGCGUCGAGUACGCUCUGGAUCACGGGGUACCUAAAGAGAAGCUGGUUAUGGGUGUGCCACUGUACGGAAGGACCUUCAUCCUUGACGGAGUGAACGAGACCAGCGGAAAACUGGGAGAGCCUUCAAAGGAAAAUGAGGGUUUCCAGGGGCCGUUUACAAAAACAAACGGCUUCCUUGGGUUCAAUGAGAUCUGUAACGAGUUGAGAUCACCUGAGUGGAAAGGACACUGGGACAAUAUUUCCAACACGCCUUGGGCUAGUUCAGGCAGCAAAGUUGUCGUGUAUGACAACGCCAUGAGCAUCAAGUUGAAAGUCAAUUACGCCAUGGAAAUGGGCCUGGCUGGUAUCCUGACGUGGUCGAUUGACACGGACGACUUCCAUGGAGACUGUUCCUUCCCAGGCGAUCCUGAGCCCAAAUACCCUCUGGUUCGAGCCAUCAACGAAGCGAUAACCCAGUCUUUUGUCAGCCCUGCAAAAGAAAAAAGCUCUGCUUCCCAGACUGCUGUUUCAGCUUUCGCCUUUUACAUUGUUUUUAUCGUUGCCAUUUUAUCAUAUUAACUAAAGACAAAUUGAACAAAAUUAAAAACUCAUUGACAUUAUAGUAUUAAAUUAAUGUAUAUUAGUACAUUAAAGUAUAUUAAAAAGUGAAAAAAGAUUUUCACUGCUUGUUCAACUUAUAACUUAUUAUGGAGGUGUUUAAUUUUUUUUAUAUGAGUUUUAUUUUUGAAAAUUGUCUGUUAAAGCUAAGCAACUCAUAUCGCACUGAGUUGUGUGUAACUCACCAAUAUUGUCUCAGGUGGUAAACCAUAUUGCCACUAAAUGCUUUCUAAGAUCCUUUUCAGUUUAUACACCUCCUUCAUUCUCUUCAUCACUGAUGUUUUCUAUUUUUUUCUUUUUGCUUUCUUCGCCUUCUAAUUGGCCCUCAGCAUUUUUCUACAUUUUAUUAUUAUGCUCUUCUUUAUAAUUUCAUAUUCUUAUCAUAAAUCUAAUCAUGGUGGUAAACCUUUUCUAACAUUUUCAUUUUUGUACACUUACCUGUACCUCUUUCACAAUAUUCAUCACUGAUAUUUUCUCUUUUUAUGUUCUUCUUCUUUAAAUUGUUCCUCAGUAUUUCUACUUUUCCUUCUUAUUUUUUCUUUAUAAUAUCUUCUUUUUGUCAUAAACUUAAUAUACAUAUAUACCAUUGUUAAAUAUUUUGUAAAGCGUGGUGUCAUAAUUGUAAAUUGUAUCAUAUUAACUAGUUUGCAAUACGAUUUAGUCAAAAAUAAAUAUUUAAUUAUGUUGAACAA